AUGUACACGCUCUCCACUCACUCCCCCGUCGUGCCGCAGGACAGGCGAGAAAAGCGGCGGGUCAAAUGCGACGAGGCUCGCCCCGUCUGCACGCGAUGUCUUUGCGGUCAACGCCAGUGCAGCUAUCUCGAGCCCCCCGUCGGCUCCUACUCGUGGCUUCACCUCCUGCAAGCCCAGCCGUCAGUCGCGCCGCCGCCGCCACCACCAGCCGUCGUCACGCUGCCGCCCCGGCAGGCGCGCAGCCUCGACUACUUUCGCCACGUCGUGGCACCCUCGCUCGGAGGCAGGCUGGACAGCACGUUCUGGACGAGGCCCGUGAUGCAGCUUGCGAUGAGCGAGGCGGCGGCGAUGCAUGGCAUGUUGGCCAUCAGCAUGCUGUACGAGGGGUUUGAGCCGAGUUGGAAGGGGGCCAGCAAGGACGACCAAGCCGCACUGAUGCAUUACAGCCAUGCGUUGCGGCUCAUCGCCACGGAAAAAGAUAAAAGCGUCGUCCUCAUCCUGUCAAUCCUCUUCACCUGUAUUGAGUUUCUCCGGGGGGACACAGAGGCUGCUAUCACCCACUGUCGACACGGGACCAUCCUCUCCAACGCCCACGGGAGCCGAGACGCGGGCGUGUCUGCGGUGCUCGGUCACCUGAGCGUCUUCCCUUAUUUUUUCGCCAGCGGUGAAUUUCCAGUCCCCGCGGCAGGUGCGCCCGCCGUCACGGACGUGUCGACCGCGGCCUUUGCUAUGGACGAGCUGCUGGGGCGGGCCAUUCGACUUGUGCGGUCGAUGGACGGAUACCGGUUGGGACUGAAGGGAGCGACGAUUCCCAUUGAGGUGUGGGUUGCGCAGCGGGCGUUACUGAGGGACCUCGCCAGUUGGAGAAAGGCGUCUGAGGCGCUCAUGGACUACUCGAAGAAGAAGGAAUCACCUGGCUGUGCCUUAUUGCUCAUGAGGUUCCUCGUCUGCUGGGUCUGGACGAGUAUCGCCCCAUACAGGGAGGAGAUCGCCAGCGACACGUUUCAAGGCGAAUUUGCUCAAAUUGUCGAGUUGGCGCGCCACGUUUCGCAAGACGAGAGGCAAGAGGCCAAGUUUACAUUCGGCAUGGGGGUGUCACCAUUGCUGCACUUUGUGAUUAUCAAAUGUCGUCACCUGUCGAUACGGCUCGCCGCCCUGGAGCUGCUCCGCGCGAUGGGCCGUAGGAGAGAGUCCUUGUGGGAUUCGGAGGCAAUGUAUGCGAUUGGGAAGUGCAUCAUCGAGCGGGAGCAUGGCAUUGUGGUCACGCAGGGGAUGGCAGCGGCCGAAGGAGAGAGGCUCCCAGACGACGAGAGUAGAAUACGGGACUCGUACCUGGAAGAUGAAGUGUUGGAGGAACGAGAUGACCAGGGCAAUUUCCUUCUCUGGCGGAAGAUGGUCCUCUUUGUUCGCGAUGGAGAGGCUAUUUCCAGGACGUCUAGUUGGAUAUCGAUCCCGUCUCAAUAG